AACCCAUUCUGCACUGCAACUUACCUUAUCUCACCCUUCUUUGACUGUUCUCCCACACCACACCCAUGACACUCCUCCUCCUCCUUAUUCUCCUCUUUCACGCGGCGGAAGCCAAGGGACAGUGGCAGCUCCUCCACAAAAACAUCGGCAUUGUCGCCAUGCACAUGCAGCUUCUCCACAACGACCGCGUCAUCAUCUUCGACCGCACCGACUUCGGACUCUCCAACCUAACCCUCCCCGACGGAAGAUGCCGCAACAACCCAAACGAGUUGGUCGUCAAACGCGACUGCACCGCCCACUCCAUCGAAUACGACGUCGCAGCCAACACAUUCCGCGCUCUCUUUGUCCAAACCAAUGUCUGGUGCUCCUCCGGUUCGGUCUCUCCCGACGGAACAUUAGUCCAAACCGGUGGCUUCAACGACGGCUACCGUGCGGUCAGAACCUUCACCCCGUGCCGCUCGUGCGACUGGGCAGAAGUUCAGCAUGGACUCGCGGCGCAGAGAUGGUACGCCACCAAUCACAUCUUGCCAGAUGGACGUCAAAUAAUUAUCGGAGGAAGAAGACAAUUCAACUACGAGUUUUACCCCAAGACACAAGCCAAGAAUACUUACAGUUUACCUUUUCUUGCUCAAACCAACGACGCUAACGCUGAAAACAAUCUCUACCCGUUUGUUUUUCUAAACGUCGAUGGCAACCUUUUUAUCUUUGCCAACAACCGCGCUAUCUUGUUCGAUUACAAUAAGAACAGUGUCGUGAGAACCUACCCUCAAAUACCCGGUGGAGAUCCACGGUGUUAUCCUAGCACCGGUUCCGCAGUUUUGCUUCCUCUUCGAGAACCUAAUGUGGAGGCUGAGGUUCUGAUUUGUGGUGGAGCCCCGAGAGGGGCUUUUCGGAAUACUCUCUCGGGUAAGUUUGUUGGAGCGUUGAGAACUUGCGCUCGGAUUAAAAUAACCGACCCGAAAGCGAAUUGGGUGAUGGAAACCAUGCCGAGUGCGAGAGUUAUGAGUGACAUGGUUUUACUCCCCAACGGCGACGUUUUGAUUGUUAAUGGAGCAGCUGUGGGGACUGCGGGCUGGGAAUUGGGCCGUAACCCGGUGUUAAACCCGUUUCUUUAUAAACCCAACAAGCGGGUCGGGAUGAGAUUUGAGGUCCAGAACCCGUCUCAUAUUCCGAGGAUGUACCACUCCGGUGCCGUUUUGCUUCGCGAUGGGCGAGUUCUUCUCGCUGGGAGCAACCCUCACACGUAUUACAAUUUCACCAAAGUGUUGUUUCCAACGGAACUGCGGUUAGAAGCGUUUUCUCCUUGGUAUCUUGAGCCCGGAUUCUCUAACGUGCGUCCCGCAAUAGUAUCUCCUGCGUCCCAAACAAAACUCAAGUACGGUCAGACGUUGAGGCUUCGGUUUAAGGUGAGCGCGACUUUGGUUGGGGAUUCGGUGUCUGUUACCAUGCUGGCGCCGCCAUUUAACACGCACUCGUUCUCCAUGAAUCAGAGGCUGUUGGUGCUGAAGCCGCACCAUUUGAGUGGGGUUGGAGAAUCAACGCACGAGGUUGAAGUUACCGCGCCGGCUUCCGCUGUUCUUGCGCCACCGGGUUUCUAUCUGCUGUUUGUGGUCCAUCAAGAAGUUCCAAGCCACGGUAUUUGGGUCCAGAUGGUGUGAAAUUGUGAAUUCUCGUCUCUGCCUGCUCGACAACUUCGUUCGUAUAUGUUCUUUUUAUUCAAGUUAUUUAUUGUUGUGAAUGUCUGGGAGUGAACAGAUUCUUGAGUGAGUAUUUAAACUGUAAGAUAUGGGAAGAUAAAAUUCAAAUAAAGCCAUUUAUGGCCUAUGGGGCGUGUAAAUAAUACCCUAGGAAGUUUGUAAUUAUAGUUCAUGGAUAUUUCUUUGCAAUUCUUAACAUUGUGUUUGGUCAGAAGUGUAAACAAAAAA